AUGACCGAGAUCAGGGAAACAGACGUGUUCAUUAGCGGUGGCGAGCCUACUGGCUUGCUUACUGCGUAUGCACUUGCUAGACAGGGUGUGGACACCUUACUCGUUGAGCAACAUGACAAAGCUGAACAAGCCAUGUAUGGUCGAGCAACAACUCUCCACCCGCACGACCUGAAUCAAAUUGGUUACGUGGCCCGCGAUAGUGUGACUUACAGAGAUGGCAAGCGGGUGACGGCCCGAGGCUGGGAAAUUAUGUACCAGCAUAUGCGUGGCACGUUCCUGGAUUACUGUCUGAAUAUCCGUCAGAAGUACUCGGAGGAGGUGAUACGAGAUGCAUAUGUAUCGCUUGGAGGCGAGCCGUACAUAGGAUGGAGACUAGAUGGCUUCGACGUUAGCUCGGGUAGGAGUUUGACGGUGAGGAGUAAAUUCAUCGUUGGCGCGGAUGGCAGUCACUCGCUUGUGAGACGCCUCGCUGGUAUUUUGUUUGAAGACGAUCACACAAAUUUCAGAUGGGUACGCAUUGAUGGGCGCUUCAAGACUGAUAUGCCUGAUGCUGAUAUUGGCUUCGCUUCCAUCGAAUCCAAAAGCCACGGGAAUGUGCUAUGGGUUCGGCUAGAUCAUGGUGUGAAGCGGAUCGGAUUUGCUAUGACACAGGAAUUGCUUGCUAAUUAUGGGGACAAGCUCACACUUGAGGACGCGAAGGUGGAAGCUGUCAAGUCCAUGGAACCAUUUUCAUUUGAAUUUGAAACCAUUGACUGGUGGACUUUAUAUGGGAUCAAUCAGCGCGUAGCAGAGUGCUUUUAUAACAACGACCGAAAGCUCGGCGGCAUCGUGAAAGGUUGGUAUAGUAUCGAUGUGCUUCGCAGCUAUGAUACAGAGCGACGUGCUGUAGCGCAAUAUUUAAUCAACCUUGACAAGGAUUUCUCGGCUACCAUCUCGGGGACCGUCCCUGACAGGUACAAGCAUCUAUCAUUAAGCUCGAAUGAGCUAUUUUCCAAGGUCUUCGAUGAUACGAUUGAUUUUUGUAUCGGUUUAGGAAUUCACUACGACGAGAGUGUCAUCAACAAGCGUCCCUUGGCGACAGCAAUAUCAGCGGGCUGGAGAGCUCCAGAUGCGUUGAUAUAUGCUCCUGGGUCACGACUACCUAUUCGAUUGCUCCACCUGAUGCCGAACGUUGGUACUUGGUCAAUUCUUCUCCUGGCUGGACACCCCGAGAAGGCUAGACAUAGUCUCUCCCAUGCUGUGGAGACAAGCUCGGCCCAUGCUGCCUAUACGGUGUCUGAUAGCAACGGUGCAGUCGUCAUUGUUCGACCCGAUGGAAUACUAGGGUAUGCAACGCAACUUGACGAGGCGAGCAGCGUUCGAGAAUAUUUUGCUGGCUUCAUUACCACCCACAGAGGAUACAUGGAUAAUAUGCUGAGCUCUUAA